AUGGAAGUCGAUGACUUCUCCUCCAUCACAAUCUUGACGCUUGUAUUACUGUCAUUAGUGGCUAUCUUUGCUGUACUUGGUAAUGGGUUCGUUCUCGGUAUCAUUGCUCGCUUUAAGAAGCUUCGCACCUUUGCAAACAUGCUGAUUGCCAAUCUGGCGUUGGUCGAUUUUUCCAACGCACUCAUCAACGGACCUUUAUACCUGCUUUGGGGUGUCUUGAAAGUCAAAUGGCUUACAGGGAAGACACUGGCGAUUAUAUCGCUAUUUCUGCUCCGCCUCUUUAUCUUCCUAAACGUGGUCUCCAUGUUGGUGCUGCUGGGAAAUGCUUUUCUAGCGAUAGCACUGAACCUGAAAUAUUUCACCUGGAAGACCAACGAAAAAGCUUUGGCCAUGGUGCUGGGUGUGUGGAUGGUCUGUGUUACCAGCGCGGUUAUCUCCUUAAAUCCCCAUUCUGACACCGACCUUCAAGAUGCUUCUGUGUCCACAUAUCGUGGUGCUUUUAUGAAUCAAAGUAAUGUGCUUUUAACAGUAAUCGGCGCGUUGUUCAUCGUCACUGCAAUAGUACUCGGCGUCAUGGCUUACUGUGCUAUUCAAUUGAGGAAACGGCAGGUAAGAAGACUGAGGGUAAAUUAAAUGCAGGGUUGUCACUAGUAUUUGCCGGGUAAAUACAACAAGUAGGCGGUGAAUCAAACGGCUAGGGAUUUCUUUUGGUUUUAUUUUUCUUCUAUUUUCCCAUAAAAGUAGCCGGGGGCCACUCUCUUAGUAGCCGGGGGAAAUCCCCGGCCCCCGGCUCUUAAUGACAACCCUGUAAAUGGUCCUUUAUUUUCGACAACUUUUGCUAAAAUCUUUAUAUUUCACGCUUUACGGACGUUAGCACGUUAACCGUUAACUAUUCCUUCGCAUGUAAGAAGAAAAACGAAACUCUUCUCACAUGUAGAAUUUUCUUAUCAUUUAAAUGAAAAAGAAAGAAUAAGUAAAGAAAUGGAUUUAAGGAGAGAAAAAAAGUGGGUCACAAUACCACUUCAGAAAGUAAAGUACAGUGAAAGUUAAGAUAUGGCUGUAAGGCUGUAGCUUGCGUAGCUAGGGCUUUUGUCUUGAGAGCGCACAAAGAGCAGCGAAGCUGCGAAAGCGCGGGCGAACGAGCGCGGUCUCAUUCUCCUUGCAGCAUCGCGGCACGCCUUUGCCCCCCUCCUAAAAUAACUGCCAGCUAAGCAAGCUAGCCGCAACCAAGUACAUUUCUCCCUUAUUGAGCGCGGUGUAAAACUAUAAAACGAGUGCCCUGACAUUGCGGCGUGAAUACACAGCCCGUACUGAGAUGCUAUUGAAAAAUUCUUACCAACUUAGAAAAUGUAACGGUUCGGGAUUCCAGGCCGCCGGGAUAACGUGAAACUAAAAACAAUGUUUCAUAUCUCUUCACCUUCUAGAGGGCACCCAGUAGCAUUCAAUUCUUAAGUUAUCUAAAACCUUUGUCACUUACAGAGAAAGCGGCUCAAUCUACCCCGACUACAAAAUGACGCCAGACUACAAAUGGAUAUCAAAGCUGCCAAAACCAUCUUCAUUGCUGUACUCGCAUUCCUUGUAUGUUACAUACCGCCCGUUUGCGUUGUAGCUAUCUUGACUAGUGUUAAGCCCGAAUCCAAUGGUAAAACUUUGCUUGGUCACUUUGCAAACCUUGCCAUGCUCAUGUCGAGCGGGAUUAAUCCCGUCAUCUAUUGUUUCCGGGUCAGAAGGUUUCGUCGCGCACUGAAACAGCUUUUGAAUGAUCCCUGUGGAAAGACUCCUUUCCAAGAUUUCGACCAAAAGCUACGAUUCAAACACAAUGUUCCAAAUCAGAAUGCAAGGAAAAUGGGCCUCUCAGCACGAAGGUUUGGAGAGCAGGAAAAAGGUGGAAGUGAAGAUGAGGUAUGUGGAUUAGACGGCGUACCUUAUCUGGUCAGGGCUUUGUCAUCGGAAAAGCACCAAUCUGAGAACAUCCCACAGUUAACAAGGGUGGAGAACCACCCCAGAAACUGCGCAGGGACAUGCUCCGGGGUUGAGAGUCCAGCACCCAAAGCAGACUACACACGUCAUGUAGUCACAGUGGAGGUACACCCAGUACCUAACAACAAACCACUAAAGCAGAAAGUAGCGAAAAAGCCAACAACAAGUGAUGUUUACACCAGAAAGGAACACCUUGUCCGUAUUCAUUCAAAUUCAAAGGACAAACCUUCAAAACGAAAAGUUGGCCCUGAGAAUGACAUUUACGUUAAGAAUCAAACAGCGCAAGAAUUCACCGCAGAGGAGGGCAUUAGUCUCCACAAGGAAAAACCAACAAACCACACAAUUUCACAACAUCUUCCAACCAGCGCACACUGUACAGGUCAACUCACUGAAGAUUUAAACGUGGAACCGAAGGAGAGGCCAUCAGACCAGAAAAUGAUAGAAAGUCCAACAGUCAAUGCUAAUUAUAUUGUGUAA